CCGGCAUUGAUUCGGGCUGCUUGGGUUGCGCGGGGUCCUUUUAGUCGUGCGCUGCUGUAGUCAUUGGACAGACGCGACACAUCAAACUCUCUCUUCAUUCUCAAACAUACAGGAAGUUAAAGAUGGCAUCGAUGUUGAUGAAUUCCCUGAGGAACGGUCCAGUGACAUCUGUGCAGGCCGCUCGGUUCGCUGUUCGUUCCCUCAGCUCGACUGCUCAUCUGAAAGCUCAAGGUAGUGUGUCAGCAAAGAGCAAGAAAACUCUUGACAAACCGGGAGUGAGGAACAUUGUUCUGGUGGAUGGUGUCCGAACCCCCUUCCUCCUAUCGGGCACUACAUACUCAGAUCUGAUGCCCCAUGAUCUGGCCAGAGCUGCAUUACAGGGUCUUCUGAACAAAACCAGUAUCCCUAAAGAUGCUGUUGAUUAUAUCGUCUAUGGAACUGUGAUUCAGGAAGUGAAGACCAGUAAUGUGGCCAGAGAGGCUGCUCUUGGUGCUGGAUUUUCAGAUAGGAUUCCUGCUCACACAGUGACUAUGGCGUGCAUUUCUUCCAACCAAGCAAUGACCACAGCUGUUGGUUUGAUCGCUUCUGGCCAGUGUGAGUCUGUGGUCGCCGGAGGCGUCGAGUUCAUGUCCGACGUUCCGAUUCGCCACAGCCGUAAGAUGAGGAAGACGAUGCUGUCACUCAACAAGGCAAAGUCCAUCGGCGCUCGGCUCUCUCUGCUGGGCUCCAUCCGCCUCGCUCACCUCGCACCAGAGCUGCCGGCUGUAGCUGAAUUCUCCACUGCAGAAACGAUGGGUCACUCCGCCGACCGUCUGGCGGCUGCGUUCGGUGUCACGCGUGUGGAGCAGGACGAGUUUGCUCUGAGGUCACACACUUUCGCUAAGAAAGCUCAGGACGCUGGACUGCUCAAUGAUGUCAUCAGCUUCAAAGUGCCAGGAAAGGAUAUUGUGUCGAAAGACAACGGGAUUCGUAUCUCCUCCAUGGAACAGAUGGGCAAACUGAAGGCAGCCUUUAUUAAACCUCACGGCACCGUAACGGCCGCAAACUCCUCCUUCCUGACUGACGGUGCGUCUGCAGUUUUGAUCAUGUCAGAAGAGAAAGCUUUGGCUAUGGGUUACAAGCCUAAAGCGUAUCUCAGAGAUUUUGUGUACGUUUCUCAAGACCCAAAAGACCAGCUGCUUCUCGGGCCGACCUACGCCACUCCUAAGGUCCUGGAGAGGAGCGGUCUGACCAUAAACGACAUUGAUGUUUUCGAAUUCCAUGAAGCUUUUGCUGGUCAGAUCAUGGCUAACCUGAAGGCGAUGGACUCUGACUAUUUUGCACAGACGUAUAUGGGCAGGAAAUCUAAGGUUGGCGCACCUCCAAUGGACAAGUUUAACUCAUGGGGGGGCUCUCUCUCUCUCGGGCAUCCAUUUGGUGCCACAGGCUGUAGGCUGGUGACCACCGUAGCCCACCGUCUGCAGAAAGAAGGGGGGCAGUACGGCCUGUUGGCAGCAUGUGCCGCUGGAGGACAGGGUCAUGCUAUGGUGAUUGAAGCUUAUCCCCAAUAAUCUCUGUAGAUACAUUACACCAUAAUGCACUGCGCACACAGUUCGAUUCUGUAAAUAUGCCUCGAAAUGCCUUGAGAAGGAUUGUUCCUGAAAUGUAUCUGGAGGUUGUUUGUUUGGAAAUGAUGCUUGUGACCUGGAUGUAAAUGUUAACAUAGCUUUGUUGAUUAUAAGAUAUUUUUGCAUGCUGAAUAUAGCACUUCAAACAGGCCAGUUGAAUUCAGUCAUUAAACAGGGAAUCUAGAUUUCUUCUUCUGAACACCAGACUGCUCUUUAAUUUAUCUGUCAUGUAUAGCAGAUUGUUUUUUAUCAACGAUAUUUGUCUGGAUGUGUUCACUUCAAAUACGAAUAGGUCCAUGGUCACUUUAGCUCUUGAUGAUCGGCAAGAACGACUGAUAGAUCAGCUGUAAAAACAAAGGCACAACAUGUGCCUCAUAGGGUAACAAUGUGGAAACAUCUCGUCUCUUUCCUCGCCUUUUCUAAAAAGAAAUAAACAUCAUUUGAAAUCA